AUGGAAGUCGCCGGCGGAAAAGGAGACGCUGUGAAGGGCGCCAAGAUCUUCAAGACCAAGUGUGCGCAGUGCCACACCACGGAGAGUGGCGCCGGCCACAAGCAGGGCCCCAACCUUCAUGGCCUGAUGGGCCGUCAGUCGGGUCGAGCUUCAGGCUAUUCGUACUCAGCUGCCAACAAGAACUCGGGCAUUGUCUGGACAGACGAGACGCUGUUUGAUUACCUUCUUGCCCCCAAGAAGUACAUCGUGGGCACCAAGAUGGUGUUUGCCGGCCUGAAGAAGCCGCAGGAGCGUCGCGACCUGAUCGCGUACCUGAUCAAGUCCACGAGCCAAUAA